AUGGAUCCUUCAGAGAUAAGAAAGAAAAUCCGUCGCUUUCGAGUCCUCAUCCUAGGAAGAGCGAAUGCAGGAAAAACCAGCAUCCUACGGAGAGUUUGUAACACACAGGAGAACCCAAAAAUAUAUAACAGCGCCGGAAGAAAGAUCGAUGCCGCAGUUUUGAUGACUUCCACAGAGCGCGGAUUGCAUGAUAUUGAGAAUGAGAUGGUGUUUCGAAGUAACCCAGGAUUUGUCUUUCAUGAUUCAUGUGGAUUUGAAGCAGGCGGGGAAUCAGAAUUUGAGCAGGUGAAAGCAUUUAUCAAGGCACGUUCAAGGGAAACCAGAAUAAGCAAACAACUUCAUACAAUCUGGUACUGCAUCCCGAUGGACGAGGCAAGCAGGGCGUUCACAAAAGGUGAAAUCAGGUUUUUCUCUGAGUGCGACACCGGAAGCAUUCCGGUGAUAGUGCUGUUCACAAAAUUCGACGCCCUCUAUGAUAUCGCAUAUGCACAGCUGAAAUCGAACGGAAAAUCAAUGGAGGAGGCUGAAGAACUGGCGCCGAAGCACGCAGAAGAGUCGUUUGCGAUUGGGUCACAACUGAAGUUUCUAUACCACUCCAACAAGAUUCGACACCGUCCAAAAUGUCACAUAUGCCUCCCUGAUAUGGACAAGGAAGAUGCCGAUUGCGGGCCAUUGAUCGAACUUACUGCUGAAACUCUAGAUGACGAAGUGUUGAAGCAAUUAUUCGUGUCGACCCAGAAGACGAACUUGGAGAUUUGCAUGGAAUAUGCAGUUGAGAUAGCACUCAUGAAACGUUUGGGCUGUACUGAGAUAACGUCUGAAGGUCACGAGCAGAUGAUAAUGGCAUUGGGCGCCUGGUUUCCACAUAUCUAUGCAGUACGUCUGUUGAUCUUCGUUUGAGCUCGAGCCACUCUGAUCGAAGUCGUCGCCCACUGUUCGCAGUGGGUGAGUGUGUCGAUCCUCGUACGAGCUCGAGCCAUGCUGAUCCAAGUCGUUUCCCACUGUUCGC